AUGUAUUCUGAAUGGACUGUAAAAGCUAAAUCAAUCUGUCAAAGUCUUCUAAGCGGUCCAUGGAAAAAUUUGUCACUGGAUGAAAUCACUGUUGACCCAAUAACAACUGGAAGAUCAAACCGUUUGUUCAUCUGUUCCCGUCCAUUGGUAACCUCUUUAAAUGGCCCAAAACCUUCAAAAAGCCAUGAAGAGUCAAUUUUUGAACAAUUGAAAGACGAAUAUGGAGAUGUUAAAGUGGUCGUUCGAUUCUAUGGCAGCGAUUAUACGGGAGAAGGAAAUCGAUAUAAGUGUGUAACCGAUGAAGAAGAACUUGAAAUCUUGGCCAUUCUUUCCUCAAAAGGUCUUAGUCCUCGUGUCUUAGUCCCGUUUACUGGUGGAAGAAUCGAUGAAUAUGUUGAAUCAAUCAUUUUACCUCCAAAUCGGUUGAGUCAACCCACUAACCUUAUGAUUGUUGCGCCCAAAAUAGCUCAAUAUCAUAGCUUACAAUUUCGGUGUCAACGAGAUCACGAUCUCGUACAAAUUUAUCGGGACAAUACUGAGAAAGCUUGUGAAAAGUUGGAAACUUUUGAUGAAUCUAUUUUUGCUGGUUGUUCGGACAAUUCAUUAGAGCUAUUCAGAAAGGUUAAGACUUUCAUUACCCAAAAGCUGGGAUUUCGUAUACUAUCAAAGAUGAUUUCAACGCAACACAAGAGGGUUUUUAGUCACAUGGACCUUAUCAACUCCAAUCUUUUAUUUCCUCAUCCUCAUUUGCCGCACAAUCCGGAUGAUUUGAUGAUAAUUGAUGUGGAAAACAGUCAAAAUCAAUUUCGAGGGAUCGAUUUGGGUAAAUUUUUCUGUGAACUUUAUCUUGCUGAUGAAACGAAAAAAUUUUCUUCAUUCUAUGAUUCUGAUAUUCAUAUUUUCGUUGAUUGCUAUUUGAAUCAAUGGUUCAAAAUUGCUAGUCAAUUCAAUGGCAUUGAUCCCGAAAUCGAUAACCAUGAACAUUUAUUUCUUGAGAUGCAACUUGGAAUCUUGAUGGCUUUGACUUUUGUCAUACCCUGGAAUGUAUUGCAUCCAAACUUUGACAGUCUCGACAUGCUACAAAAUUCAGUUUCACGGAUUGAUCUGUACACUCAUUUUUGUGAACGAUGGUCACAAAUUUUGUAA